UUAUAACGAAGUGCUCGUUAAAUUAUAAGAUAUUCGAAACAUGCGCGACUAACUUAUUGUUAUUCCUUACAUGACGAUAACCACCCCUUGAUCGACAUUCCGCAACCACCGAAUCUGUUCUGCUUACAAGCCAGACCCUGCUCCACCUGCUCUACCCUAAUAACUUCGUCCUACAUUUCUACCAUCCAAGCAUAUAUCGCUCAUAAGGCCUCUUCCAGUUUUCUGGCCACGGGACAACUUCCCUCAUCGCUUACAAUGGCCACCACCGCCGCGUCUGUUCCGAGCAACGGCUCUCCUCGUCCGAAUCCUCAAAUACAGCCAUGUAGAUACAAGGUGGGAAAGACGUUGGGCGCGGGCUCAUAUUCUGUUGUAAAGGAGUGUGUGCACAUUGAUACGGGUCGUUACUAUGCCGCAAAGGUUAUUAACAAGAGGCUAAUGGCUGGUCGCGAACAUAUGGUUCGAAAUGAGAUUGCCGUCCUUAAAAAAGUCUCGAUGGGCCAUCAAAACAUCCUAACCCUCGUCGACUACUUCGAGACGAUGAACAACCUUUACCUUGUAACCGACCUUGCGCUCGGCGGGGAGCUCUUCGAUCGGAUCUGCCGUAAAGGAUCAUACUAUGAAUCCGAUGCUGCCGACCUGAUUCGUGCGACACUGUCUGCCGUCGCGUAUCUCCACGACCACGGUAUCGUGCAUCGUGAUCUUAAGCCCGAGAACCUACUCUUCCGCACUCCCGAAGACAACGCCGACCUUCUUAUUGCCGAUUUUGGCCUAUCGCGUAUUAUGGAUGAAGAGCAAUUCCACGUCUUGACGACGACUUGCGGCACCCCGGGAUACAUGGCGCCCGAGAUCUUUAAGAAGACGGGCCACGGUAAACCAGUUGAUAUAUGGGCUAUGGGCGUCAUUACGUACUUCUUACUGUGCGGGUACACGCCGUUCGAUCGCGACAGCGACUUUGAUGAAAUGCAGGCGAUCCUAAACGCCGACUAUAACUUCCAGCCGGUAGAAUACUGGCGCGGCGUCAGCGAUAACGCAAAGGAGUUCAUUUCCCAGUGUCUUACCGUCGACCCUAACAAGCGCAUGACAGCGCACGAGGCCCUAUCUCAUCCUUUCGUCGCUGACUAUAGCUUGGGCGACGGUGAUAGAGGCCAGAACCUACUCCCCACAGUCAAGAAGAACUUUAACGCGCGUAAGACGUUACACGCAGCCAUCGACACGGUGCGGGCCAUCAACAAGCUACGGGAAGGCCAUGCGAAUGCUCACCUGAUGGACGGCACCCGAUCAGCAGAACCGAAGCAGGGCGCGCCCUCGCUGGACAAGGCUGAUGUAGCAAAAGGCGACUCGGGCUACUCUAGUAUGCAGAACGAAGACAUAGAUAUGGGCGGCAUGGACCCUGACUCGGGCGUACCUGCGAGUUUAAGACCCGGUGUCGCUGCUAACCGGGUAGUUGAGACGUCGAAAGGACUAUGGAGUGCCAGCCAGCCACGACGAUGAGGCAGCACUAUAUCAUAUCGGGAGUUGGAGUUGCAUACUAUUUGAGGUGGCAGGGAGGACAGUUUUAUCUAGACUGCAUCUUGCAGGAGCGAGUGAUAGUAUAUAUGAGGAUGAGACGAGAGACUGAAAACCCAUUUGGUUUUAUGACGAGAUGAGAUGGACUACGGUACGUUUAUGUACAU